UAGGACAGGCGUGAAGGCUUCUCAGAUAAAACCCUUCGUCUGCUUGCUGCAAUUGGCGCUCUCUCUCUUAUAAGUCCAGAGAGAGAAACACAUUCAGAGAUGGAUAUGGGCAUGAGCUUAAGUUUUUCUCUUUUCCUUGUGCUUAUUGUAUAAUGAGCAAAGCUUUUAUUUUCUUCUUCUCAGAAGAAGAUGGCUCUGCAAGAAGAACCCCAAGAGCUACAGAACCCUCCAAUGGCUUUUGACGCUUUGUUUUGUGAAGAAGGUCUUGAGGAAGAUUUGGGAGACAAUGGUAUUGAGGAAGAGAGUGAGGGUUGUGUUGGGAAUAUGGAAAAGCAGUCAACUUUCCCUCUGGUUUUGCUAGAAAAUGACUUUUUUUGGGAAGAUGAUGAACUUGCCUCUCUAAUCUCCAAAGAGGAACAGACCCAUGUGUGUUUCAGUGGUUCAAUCUCAGAUGAGCCUUUAAUGGCGGCUAGGAAAGAGGCAGUGGAGUGGAUUUUGAGUGUUAAGGCACACUAUGGGUUCUCUUCUUUGACUACUGUUUUAGCUGUGAACUACUUUGAUAGGUUCAUUGCCAGCCUACGGUUUCAGAGGGACAAGCCUUGGAUGAGUCAGCUCGCUGCCGUCGCUUGUGUGUCUUUGGCUGCCAAAGUGGAAGAGAUCCAUGUGCCCCUUCUCUUAGAUUUGCAAGUGGAGUCGUCAAAGUAUGUAUUUGAAGCAAAGACCAUUCAAAGAAUGGAGCUUUUGGUGCUAUCAACUCUUGGGUGGAGGAUGAAUCCGGUAACUCCAAAUUCAUUCUUUGAUCAUAUUAUCAGGAGGUUUGGUUUGAAGAUCCACUUACAUUGGGAGUUUCUGUGGAGAUGUGAGCGCCUCCUUCUAUCUGUCAUUGCUGAUUCCAGAUUUAUGUGCUUCAUGCCUUCCAUAUUAGCUACUGCAACAAUGCUUCAUGUUAUUGAUGAGAUUGAGGCAUUUAAUCCUGUGGAAUACCAGAGUCAGCUUAUGAAUGUACUUAAAGUCAGUAAGGACAGAGUCAAUGAGUGCUACAAGCUCAUCCUGGAACUAUCAGGCAGCUAUGGCAACAUCCACAACCAGAGCCACAAACGAAAGCAUUUAUCAGUACCCGGCAGCCCUAAUGGAGUUAUUGAUGCAUCUUUCAGCUGUGAUACAUCAAACGAUUCGUGGGCUGCAGCAUCACCGGUCUCAUCCUCACCAGAUCCUCGAUUUAAAAGGAGCAAACUGCAGGACCAGCAGAUGCGGUUGCCUUCUCUAAAUCGUGUGUCUGUGGAUGUGCUUAGCAGUCCUCAUUAAUCUCUUCUUGUCUAUUGUCUACUAUUAAACAUGGUAGAAUAUACAAUCCCUCUUUUGCAUAUUAUAUUAUUGGCGUUAUCUAUCUUAAGGUGCAAUUAGUAUGUUC